AUGGCUACCGACUACGGCAAGAAGACCAACGCUGAAUUGGUCGAGAUCCUCAAGUCGCGCUCGCUUGCGCACACCGGAAAGAAGGCGGAUCUGGUCGCGCGCCUCCAAGAGGAUGAUGCAAAGAACGCCGCUGCUCCCACGGAGACAAAGGCCGACACCGCCGAAGAUGUGAUCGACUGGGACGACGAUGUUCCCGCCGAAGCUGCGAACGCAGCGACCGAAGCUGGUGCGACUGCUAUUGCUGCUGGCGGCAAGGGUGCCGUUGCCAACCCCGUCGCCGUCCCGAAUCAAAAACUGGAUGUUGAUCCCGCCGCGACAGACGACCUGACGGUGGAAUCGACUGGUCUUACCGAUGCUGCCCAGCCUGAGGCUGCUGUCGAAGAGGUGGAGAAGAAGCCUGCGGUGGAUUAUACCCGAGGUCUUCCCGCCACGGAGUUGGAGGAGGAGCUGAAGAAGCGCAAGGCGCGCGCUGAGAAGUACGGCAUCGUCGAGGACCACGAGACAGCCGUCAAGGAGGCCGAAAAGCAGCUCUCCCGGGCGAAGCGCUUCGGUACUGGAGCCGAGGCUGAGGAUGGUUCCACUGUGGGUGUCCACGGCCUUGACCAGGCUCUUCCCAACGAAAAGUCCCGCAAGAGGGGUCCCAGGGACCAGGGGGGCCGUGGAGGCAAGCGACGGGAUAUGGGUCGAAACCGCAACCGCAACGGUCGUGGGGAUGGACGUGGAGAUGGAGUUCAGAAGCGGGCUGGAGGUGGCAAUGCUGCCUCGGGCCGGCCCAAAUCGAACUUCAGUGAGAAGGACAAUGCAGCAAUGGAGGCUCGCAAGAAGCGAUUUGCACAGGCGGCUUGA